AUGAAGCAGCGCGUUGUGGUUGUGGUGGUGUUUGUGGUGGCGUGCUGUUGCUGUGGCUGCGGCAGUGUCGUUGGCGGUGGCGGUGGCGGAGAUGAAGAGGGUUUCGCCGCGAUAGCAGAGGAUGUGGCGGCAGCGUCGUUUCCGGCCGCGUCCUGGGUCACCUAUGCCGAGCUCAGAGAGUCACAGCGAUCACACAGCAAGGAACAACGUCAUCCCGUCACCUUUGCCAACUUUACUGUGCGCGUGCCAGACUCCCCAUCAAACCUGAGCGUGGACCGUCCGCAGUUCACCGUGUUCCAGGAGCGGGCGUGCCCUGCGUCGCGAUACUGGUGGCAGAGCGCACCUGGCCACGUCCUGCCUGGCGACACCGUCACCUUCAGCGUGGAGCAGACACCGACGGGCUACAACCUUCUCCUGUGCAACAGCCUGGCCAACACAUCGGUGAACAACACCGUGAGCGUCCCUGAGGGCACCGUGUUCUCGCGCCUGUUCUUCGUCAUGGAGCACGCACCCUCCACGUGCGACGAGCUGCCCCAGUCCAGCAUCAUCUUGGAGGACGUGCACGUAGCCGUUCGCGGUAACCACGUCCCGCUCUCGCCGUCCUCGUGGCGCAUCCAGGCGCCAGUCUCAAACCCUUGCAACAUCCGCACAGAUGUCCACAAGGGCACAACCAUCGCCUUCGCUUGGCCAAACAAGCACGAUGAGCACCACCAGCUCCACGCGUUAUGGACCUGACACACACACCACACCACACACACACACACCACACACACACCCACACACACACA